AUGCCGUGGAAGGGCCGCUGCUGGGAUACGUUGGAGGCCCUGAGGAGGUCCGACAAGGGCCGGCUCGGCUACCGCCGGCACUGCCGCCUCCGCCUCCUCCGGCACGGGGGACAGGAUGUUUUGGAAGGCUGUAUGACUCCUCCGAAGCUGUCGUCCUAUUCCGGCUGGGUGGUGGAUCACUACCUGCCCCUCGCUCAGCGGGACCCGCCUCUCCCCGGGAGUCCCGUGGCUCCCGCAUCCACACCCGAGCCGGACGCGCAGUCCACUCUUCCCAAGUCUCCGGGAGGACGCUUAGCUUCUCGGCCCGCAUCUUCAGUGGCUCCGAGUGAAACGAAGAGCAAGGAUGAUUCCCAUCAGGGAGUCGCCCUGGGGGCCCCGGGCCCGGCCAGAGGAAUGGAGGUGGAGGGUUGUAUCCAGCUGUAUGAGGAAAUGCACAGGGUGAGAAGCAUGGAGGGACUGAGGCGUUGGCAGGAGGAACACGAGAAAAAAGUGCAGGCCAUUUCCGAGAUGGCGUCGGAGCAGCUGAAGCGGUUUGACGAAAGGAAGGAGCUGAAACAGCACAAGGAAUAUCAGGACCUGCGGGAGGUGAUGGAGAAGAGUUCCAAGGAAGCCCUGGGGCAGCAGGAGAAGCUGAAGGAGGAGCACAGGCACCGGGCCAAGAUCCUCAACCUGAAGCUGCGGGAGGCCGAGCAGCAGCGGCUGAGGCAGGAGGAGCAAGAGCGGCAGCGCAAGGAGGAGGGCCAGGACCGGCUGCGGCGCCUGUACGGGCUGCAGGAGGAGAUGCUGCAGCUCAGCCUGCAGCUGGACCCCAACUACCCGCACAAGGAGCUGCUCCGGGUCGACCUGGCCGCUUACGGCACCCGCGGCAACCAGCUCUGCGGGCUCGUCUCGGGCAUCGUCCGCGCCACCGGCGAGGGGGGUUUCCCCAGCCCAGAGGACGAGGCCGUGGCCGAGCAGGCCCUCCGGGAAAUGCGGGAAGUGGUGGGGAGCGUGCGGCAGGAAAUCGCCAAGGCCGUUGAGGAGAAGAGACGGGAAGAAGCAGCCAAGGAAAAGCAGGAGUUGCAGAAGCAGCAGCAGAAGCCCGAAUCAGAGGCCCUGACCCCCGCCCACACGGAAGGGGGGGGCAGACAGAAGGAGGGGGGUCUCCAGGUGAAGGCGGAAGACAGCACGAUGCAGUGGUAUCAGCAGCUGCAGGCCGCCUCUAAUCAGUGCGUAUCAGCCUUCGACGGCUUGUUCAACAGCAAAGACAAUCAGACCAAAAAGAUCAAGAUGGACCUCCAGAAAGCGGCCACCAUCCCCGUGAGCCAGAUCUCCACCAUAGCAGGCUCACAGCUGAGGGACAUUUUUGAAAAAAUCAACAACCUGCUCUCGGGAAAGUCCGUCCACUGCGGCGGGAGGGCCGUGGCCGUGGGCCACCACCCUCAAGGCCUGGACUUCGUCUACUACAAACUGGCAGAGAAGUUUGUGAAACAAGGGGAAGAGGAAGUGGCUUCCCACCACGAGGCGGUGUUCCCCAUCGCCGUGGUGGCGUCGGGAAUCUGGGAGCUCCACCCCAGAGUGGGGGAACUCAUCCUGGCCCACCUGCACAAGAAGUGCCCCUACUCUGUACCCUUCUAUCCAGCCUUCAAGGAGGGGAUGGCCCUGGAAGAGUAUCAGAGGUUGCUUGGGUACCAGGUGAAGGAUUCCAAAGUGGAGCAGCAGGACAACUUUCUGAAACGCAUGUCCGGGAUGAUCCGACUCUACGCCGCCAUCAUCCAACUCCACUGGCCCUACGGAAGCAGGCAGGGGUCUCACCCUCACGGUUUGAACCAUGGCUGGCGCUGGUUGGCUCAGAUCCUGAAUAUGGAGCCUCUGUCGGACGUGACGGCCACCCUGCUGUAUGAUUUCUUGGAGGUGUGUGGCAAUGCGCUCAUGAAGCAGUACCAGGUCCAGUUCUGGAAAAUGAUGCUGCUCAUCAAGGAGGACUAUUUCCCCAGAAUUGAAGCCAUCACCGUCCCGGGGCAGAGGGGCUCUUUUAUACGGCUCAAGCAGUUCUUGGAGAAAUGCCUGCAAAGGAGGGAGAUUCCACUUCCAAAGGGCUCCCUGCAGUCUUCCUUCUGGCGAUCCUGAUAGGCAUCCCGGGCCUCCUGCCCCUCUCUUGGAGGGGCAGAAGUCACCGAAAGCGGCAGAGUCGGGGGGCCAGAUUCAAGUCAAGCCCCCAGCUGGCGGGAGGUAUUCGAUCGCUGACCAAGAAGAGUCUCGAACUUAAAAGUGGAUCAUUUCAAAGCCCCUCUGACAGGCAGGUUUGGAGGUCAAAUUUAACUCCCGGAGACGAACUUUUCGAGAGCGAAUGGUGUGUGACCUCGCUGCCGGGGAAGGCGUGAUGCCCAGUAAGCAGAUUGUGACCCUGGAGGGGUCCCCUCUCCUCCCAUAGCCCAGGGGAGUCUCUUCCACAGAACAUGUUGUCAAGCACUUGACUGAUAACUUCUGUCUGGUGUCUUGUUGCGUUACCUGGACGGUACGAGGCUUGAGAGACUGUGAGGAGCAGUGGGAGCUGAGAGAUGGGCGAUUUGGAAAACAGGGCAGUGGCAGAGUCAAGGACAACUGGGCAAUGCAGAUCAUGAUUAGUCACCUGCUGCUUUGAAAAGGGAGAUAGUUCUCGCUUUCCUUUUUUUUUUUUCCUUGACUAAAUCCUUGUCCGUCUUCUGAAUUCAGUCCUUCCCUUCCCCAUCACCUCCUUUAGGGCAACUCAGGGUAUAGGUGCUUUGAGCAGUCCGUAUUUGGUUUCUGCUGACAGUCCCCUGUGGUCCCCAUUACUCUUGGAAGGGGAUUCUGUGAACCCAAAGAUGGAGAGGGAAGCCCAGGGACUAGCAGAGUGAUAGAUGAUGCUUUGUCAGCAGGCUGAUAAAGAGUGGUAAUCCUCACCUUGGCAGGUAAGGAAAGCCACCUGGGCUUUCUGAUUUUGUUUUCACACUCUGUUCACAGAACGAGCCCUUUUCUGCCUCAGGGCCAAGUGUGUCAACUGCUCUGUGCUGGGGGGUGGGUGUGUACAUGCUUGAUUGUAUGUGAGUGUAUGGGCAGUAUGGAUGAUAUGGAGUGAUCAUUCUGUGAAUGACGUGCUCUUUUUAGUAUCUUGUCUGUCAAAAAAUAAAAUGUACAUUUCCUAA